AUGUACUAGUGUAUUUUUUCGCUGGGAAUUAUCAUUAUUAAGGUUGGAAUUAUAUAAUAGAAAUGAUAUAAAAUGCGAUUGGAGUAAAUUAAAAUAUCGUCUGCAAACAUGGUGAAUUUGUUUUGGAAGUUUAUAUUCGCAAGUGGAUUUUUAUGUCACCUGGGGAAAAUAGUACAUUGUGAAGAUAUAAUCAUUGCACCUGAACAAGUAGAUGAUCGUUACAAAUGUCCAAUAAAAUAUGACUUUAAUUAUGCAUGUCCAAGUACCAAACAGCCUGGGCGUAAAUUAGUUUGUAUACACGAGUCGUGGUUGUGUGACCAGGAUCUGGACUGUCCCGAAGGUGAAGAUGAAGGGACGGGAGAAGGCAUGCCAUGCCAUAACAGAAAUGCUGAUUUCUGUAUGAAAGACGCACAAUUCCAGUGUGGAGAUGACGCUACUCUUUGCAUUCCAAAGAACUGGAUGUGUGACGGGGACCUUGAUUGUGACGAUGGUUCUGAUGAGGCGAGGCCUAAUUGUUUAAAAAUGGGAAUAGAACGAAAAGGUCCCCAUGUUAAAAAUUUAAUUCCAUGUACACCAAAUCAACUACAAUGCGGUGGAUCUCAUAAAUGCAUUCCAUUGAGCAAAGCCUGUGAUAAUAUAUAUGACUGUGAUUCAGGGGAGGAUGAGUUUGGCUGUUCUAAUGAUAAAUGUCAAAAUGAAGAGUGUGAGAAGUGUGCGGAGGUGCCGGUUGAAGGGGCCAAAUGUUACUGUGACGACGGGUUUUAUUGGAACACAACACUUCAAAAUUGUACAGAUCUGAAUGAGUGUGAAUAUGAACAAUUUUGUGACCAACCAAGUCAAUGCAUCAAUUCUAACGGAAGUUAUACGUGUGGUUGUGUGAGCGGGUAUGAAAUAGAGGAUGGUUCAACAUGUACAGCUGUGAAUAAGCCAGACAGAGCAGUAAACCCAACUAUACUGGUAUCAAACCAAUGGGAUGUACGGCAACUGACGAUACUGGGAAAGAACUUGUUAUCUCCUUUUGUAAGGGUUGGACAAAGGGUGACAACUCUUGCGUUUGACCAUAAGAAGCAGCAAGUUUGUUGGAUAACCUAUGCUGGUAAUGAGGGGAAAUCUUCAUUGAUGUGUUCAUCUGUUAUAUCACCCACAGAACAACUUCAUCUGAUUCCUGUGCAGAACCAUUUAACCAAUGUAGAAAGUUUUGCCAAAGACUGGAUUCGUGGAAAUUGGUAUUUUGUUGACCCAGUUUUGUUACGUGUCUCAGUAUGUUCGGAAAACGGGCUGUUUUGCCAAGUUCUUGCCAAUAAAGACAGUCAGAUUGUCGGACCACGGAGCUUAGUGCUUGAUCCUUUAGAUGGAUUUCUGUACUGUGCCGACUGGGAUGAAAACAACCAAACAAUAUACAAGAUGAGCCUCCGAGGUCACGGACUAACCCGUUUUGUAACAGACAAACUAAUCAAGCCAAUUGGUCUGAAUAUUGACUACGCAAACAAGCAUCUUUACUGGGCAGACAUGGACCUCAAUGUCAUCGAGAGGAUUGAUUUGACUGGCGAUCCAAGUUCCCGUAGAGUUAUAGCAGUUGGUUCUAAGGUCGAGUAUAUCCACAGUAUAGCAGUGUUUGAGAACUACCUGUAUCUUAGUGACCGUCAUGAGAACCAGCUGAUUCGUAUGCAUCGCUACAAGUACGGGGAACCGUUAGUGACGCUCAACGGCAACAUGUCACGUCCAGGACAGAUUCACGUCUACCACAGUCAGACACAACCAGAUGCAUUAGAAGAGGACCCAUGUGCUUCAGCUGGCUGUGACCAGAUAUGUACUGUAUAUAGAGAAGGUGGCAUGCUUUUACACGAGUGUCUCUGUGCUGCUGGAUUCAGAAAAGAAAACAACAAAUGUAUUGCUAAAGAAGGGUGUGAUGAUAUUUGUGAGGGAGCUGUAUGUAAUAAACCAGUCGAGUCUCAUUACCCAGAAACCUGUUCUUUACGUCUUUGUCCACAAAAGAUGUCUUACUGUUCAGCAUUGGAGAAAUGUAUACCACAACAAUGGUGGUGUGACGGUAAAGUCGACUGCCCGAACGGAGAUGACGAGGGUCUAUAUUGUAAAUAUCAGGAUUGCCUGCCGACAGAGUUUCAGUGUGCGUCAGGAAAGUGUAUAGACAUGGCAUAUAAGUGUGACAGAAACGAUGACUGUGGACCAAAUGAUAAUAGUGAUGAGGUGGGCUGUAACAUGACGUGUGAUGCGGAGAACUUGUUUCAGUGUGAUAAUAAGGAAUGUAUUAUGCAAGUGUUUGUAUGUGAUGGACAUGAGGAUUGUAGUGGGGGAAACGAUGAGGACCCUAAAAUAUGUGAUGAGAGACCAUUGCAGUUUGAAUGUAACAAGGAAAUAGAGUUUCAAUGUCGUAACGGAGAAUGCAUAGCGUUGUCAUGGAAAUGUGACAGUGACCCAGAUUGUGGUGACGGCUCUGAUGAAAUUGAUUGCACUGAAGGAAAGGUGUGUAAGGAUUUAGAGAAGGCGUGCGACUCUGGUGACCGGUGUAUACCUCAACGAUGGUUCUGUGACGGGGAACCAGACUGUAUAGACCUAUCUGACGAGUCCGAUGAUAAUUGUCCAAAUGCCAAUUACACAUGUCUACAUCCAAGGAGGAAAUGUGAAAAGAAUGGUACACAUGUGUGUCUCAAACCAGAACAACUGUGUAAUGGAGUGAAUGACUGUGACGAUGAACACUUGGACGAAGGUGGAAGAUGUGGUGCGGAGAUGUGUCAGCUAGAUACUGAUGAUAUAUGUGAAGAUAUAUGCUACAACACACCAGACGAUCCAGGCUAUAUGUGUCACUGUAAGACCGGGGAGAAGCUCGACUCCGACAACAAGACCUGUAUCGCAGCCGUAGCUGCCGAUAAACUGUGCCACCAGUGGGGAAUCUGCGGUCAGGAUUGUGAACUUGACAUGACGGCACCACAUGGAUACAGGUGUACAUGUUUCGAUGGAUUUUUCUUGGAGCCAGAUGAUUUUACCUGCAAGCCUUUAGAAAGUGACCCAGUCUAUGUGGUGUUCUCCAAUCGUCAUGAGCUGCGAAGAGUUGAUGUGGCUACCAGUAAUGCUGUGUCAUUGAUCUCCGGCUUGAGGAACACUAUUGCCUUGGAUUUCUACUACAAGGAUGGGGUACCAGUCUUGUUUUGGACUGAUGUCAUGGAGGAUAAAAUAUACAGGGGAAUAAUGGCGGGAAAUGGUUUGAAGAAUGUUGAAGCUAUUAUCAAGUCAGGUUUAGCUACAACAGAAGGUGUGGCUAUAGACUGGGUGGGAGAAAACAUAUACUGGGUGGAGAGCAGUCUUGACCAGAUUGAAGUGGCAAAGCUUGACGGUUCCAACAGGACUACACUGAUAGCUGGGGAAAUGACCAGUCCUAGAGCCAUUGUUGUUGAUCCUAGAGAAGGGGCUUUAUUCUGGACAGAUUGGGAUGGACAUGACCCUCGUAUAGAGAAAUGUUCGAUGAGUGGGGAAGGUCGGUCAGUCAUACACAAUAUAAGUCCUUCUGAGGGCGGAGGCUGGCCUAAUGGUCUGACAGUGGAUUUUGACUUUAAACAGUUAUAUUGGAUAGAUGCUAGAUCCGAGUCUAUUCAUACAGUGGACUAUUUCGGCAACAAUCAUCGUCUCAUUCUGAAAGGUCACAAGGACAUGACCCAUCCAUUUGCCAUGUCAUUAUUUGGUAACCAUGUUUAUUGGACAGACUGGAGUACUAAUUCUGUUGUCAGGGCAAAUAAAUUCAAUGGCUCGAACGUGCACGUUGUUCAGAAGACCAUCACCCAGCCAUUUGACCUACAAGUGAUCCAUCCCAAACGACAACCGGCCAUGCCGAACCCAUGUGCUGAAAACAAUGGCGGUUGCUCAGACCUGUGCCUCCUCAACUAUAACCAAACUGUUGGAUGUCGUUGUCCACACAGAAAACGUCUUGAUAAAGAUAACAGAACAUGUGUUGAUGAUAUUAAGUUCCUACUAUUUGUGAAGAACCACGAGAUCCGAGGUGUAGACAUUAAAAGGGCGCACUUCAACGUGUUGCCCGUUAUAACCAUCCCACACGUAGACACGCCCACCGCCAUUGACUACGAUAUCAACUCGGACACACUGUACUGGGCAGAUAAAGGUUUAAACGUCAUCAAGAAAGCUAGCUUAAAUGCUGAGGUGGAAACACUUAUAGACAAAGGGCUGAACAACCCGGAAGGUUUUGCUAUAGACUGGUUAUCUAGAAACAUGUAUUUCUCAUCAUAUGAUCUGACUGCCCAGACUGCUUCCAUCUCCGUGGCAACGUUGACUGGUUCUUUUAGAACAGAGCUGAUCAGUCAGAAUAUAGUGCAGCCUAAAUCUAUAGCACUUCAUCCAUUACUGGGAAUUAUGUUCUUCACUGAUGUUAAUGGUGCAGAUGGUUCACACAAGAUAUACAAAGCUAAAAUGGAUGGCAGUGAGUUUGGAGAAUUUAUGAACGGUCUUACCAACCCAACAAGUCUUGCCAUUGAUUUUCAAGAUAAUCAGGUAUUCUUUAUCAACUCUGGGAACCAGACCAUCAUAUCAUGUGACCUUGAUGGGAAGAACGUUAAACACAUUGUCAACAAGAACAUAAAAACACCGGAAGCCUUGACCGUGUACAAGGGUUUACUUUACGUGUCUACAGAAGAAAUGAUCGUGUCUAUUAACAAAGAUGGUAGUGGUUAUCUGGAGCUAAGAGAUGCAACACCAAAUGUGAAUGCCCUAUUGUUGUUUGAUAAAGCAGCAAGACAGCAUGUUGGUACCAAUCCUAAUGACUGUCACCUACCAAAGACAAGAUGCUCCCAGCUGUGUCUCCCCUCAGAUGCUCUCUUAUCACAUUGUAAAUGUACUGCAGGAUUUGACCUUGACUCGGACAAUGCUUCAUGUGUUGGUAUCAAGUCAUUCUUGUUAUAUGCUAAGGAGAAUGAGAUACGUGGACAAAAGUUUGAACCCCUCUCCACCCAGGAGGCACUACCUCCAAUAUCACAAAUACAGUCAGCCUCAGCUGUGGACUUUCUCGCCUCUGAGGAUACUAUAUUUUGGGUGGACACGAAGGCCAACACCAUAUCACGAAUCAAGCGUGACUUGACAGGUAGAGAAGUGAUCAUUCAAGAUGGUAUAAACAGUGUAGAGGGAUUGGCUGUGGACUGGAUUGCUAAGAACAUUUACUGGACAGAUGCCGGUCAUAGCACUAUUGAGGUGGCAAAGAUUGAUGGCUCUAGCCGUUAUGUUAUAACCAGUGGAGAUAUGGAGAAACCUAGAUCUAUUGUAGUUAAUCCUGUAUUAGGAUAUUUAUACUGGAGUGACUGGGGACUAGAAGCACGUAUAGAGAGAGCCAAGUUGGACGGUUCGGAGCGAGUACAUUACGUAUACAACAAUAUAACCACACCAUGGGGUCUGACGAUCGAUUAUGAGACACACAAUUUAUAUUGGUGCGAUACUGCUAAUGAUAUGCAGACGAUAGCAGCCAUAGAUUUAUUGACCAAUCAGAGACAUGUGCUGCUCAGACAAACUGAUGAUUUCAAGAUGAAACCUAUAUCACUGACCAUAUAUAAAGAUAAAAUUUUCUGGAUUGAUGGAAAUUUGAAUGGUCCAUCUAUUUCAUCCAUUUACUCUGCCUCGAGGGUGGACGGUAGUAAUCCAACUUUAAUACGGGCUGACCUUGGAGAUAAGUUGAAGGACAUUAAAGCUUAUGACAGAAGUAGACAGAUAGAUAGUAACUUGUGUGCAGAAGAUAAUGGAGGCUGUAAGGAGCUGUGUUUAUAUGUUGGUAGUAACAAGGUGAAUUGUGCUUGCUCCUACAGCAAGCUUGCAGCAGACGGCAAAAGUUGUGAAGAUCACAACGGUUUCCUCAUGUUCUCGAAGGUCACACAGAUGUCAAGUAUUCAUCUCGAUGAUGAGAACGACAAAAAUCCUCCGCUCAAUCCAAUAACUAACGACACGUUUUUACGUAACGUUAUCGGCCUGUCGUUCGACUACGCCAACAACAUGAUUUUCUACAGUGAUAUACAACGUGGCGAUAUUCAGGCAGUGUACUUUAAUGGAUCCAAUAUAAGAGUGGUUGUCGAAGGCAUAGGAUCUGCAGAGGGAUUGGCAUAUGAAAAAUUUAAUGGUGACAUCUACUGGACAAGUUAUACAAACUCGUGUAUCAGCAAGAUCAACGUGAAUGACGCGUUAAAUAAUAAAACUCGUAAACCGGAAGUUGUUAUACAGAUGUCAAAACUAGAUCAUCCGAGGGCCAUUGUUGUAGACAGUUGUUGGGAGUUGAUUUACUGGACAAAUUGGAACAAUGAGAAGCCUAGGAUUCAACGUUCAAACCUGACUGGUGAACACCCGGAGGACGUUAUCAUCAAGGAUAUUCUCACACCAAAUGGUCUUACGAUUGACCAUAAAGCCAAGAAGUUGUACUGGUCCGAUGCCAGGUUAGACAAGAUAGAGAGAUGUGAUAUGGAUGGUUCAAACAGAUAUGUAAUCAUCACAUCUAUACCUCAACAUUCCUUCGGUCUCGCUGUUUACGAUAACUAUCUAUUCUGGACAGACUGGAUGCUACGCGCUGUCAUACGUGCUAACAAAUACGAUGGCACUGGUAUCGUUUGGCUACGUAAAAAUCUGGAACGUCAACCAAUGGGUAUCAUCGCAGUAGCGGAAGAUAGUGAAAAUUGUGAGAUAAAUAAAUGUCAUGGAGAUAAUUAUGGUUGCCAAGAUAAAUGUUACACUGAUGUAACGGGCCAGGCAUUCUGUCAAUGUACCUAUGGCAGAUUGAAAGCUGACGGCAAAAGUUGUGCAUCAAACUUCAAUUGUAUUGGUCUGGGAUAUGAAGCUUUUGCUUGCCUGAAUGGUUUCUGCCUACCAUACCAGAAGAGUUGUGAUGGGGUCACAGACUGUGUGGAUGGAUCAGAUGAGCUUAAUGUGGUCUGCAACAAGCGAUUAUGUCCAGUCUCCAUGUUCACAUGCACAAACCGAACACAAGGCCAGUGUAUUGCUCUGUCAAAGAAGUGUGACGGAGUAGUCGACUGCCGGGACGGUUCAGACGAGGCCCUCAGUUUGUGUGGAUGUCGAACGGAUCAGUUCCGAUGUAAAAGUGGCGUGUGUAUUCCAAAAGAAUAUAGAUGUGAUGGCAAUGGUGAUUGUCUUGACAACAGUGAUGAAGCUUCUUGUGAUGCUACUGUAUGCCAAGAAGGGCACUGGAAAUGUAAAACCGGCAAGACUUGUAUACCAGAAAACCGGAAGUGUGACAGCCAUUUUGAUUGUGGUGACAAGAGUGAUGAAGCAAAUUGUACCCAAAUCACGUGUGGUACAAACAUGUACAAAUGUCAGAGUGGAGAGUGUAUAUAUGAGAACUGGAAAUGUGACAGAGACUUUGACUGCGAUGACCAUUCAGAUGAAGUCGGUGACAAGGCCAACUGCACGUAUCAUUGUUCCAAAGAACAAUUUAUGUGUAAGAAUGACUCGUCUUGUAUCUCGAUGUCAUGGGUAUGUGAUGGUAAUAAUGAUUGUCAAGAUAAGAGCGACGAACAGCAGUGCCAGGAAUGGAUCAAGAAAGAAGGAAAUUUUACUGCUAAAAAUUGCACAGACCAACAGUUCCGGUGCUCAAAUGAUCGAUGUAUAGAAGAAGAAUGGAAAUGUGACGGGGAACCAGACUGUGUUGACGGGCUAGACGAAAGUUCAACUGCCGGUUGUGAGCCAGUGGAUUGUGAAGAGAACGAGUUUAAAUGUCUGAACUAUCGUUGUAUAGAAAAAGAGUUUUUCUGUGACAAAGAUGAUGAUUGUGGGGAUGGUAGUGAUGAGCCUGAUACCUGUGUCGAAAUGUCAUUUACUUGUUCAGAUUAUGAAAUUGAGUGCGAUGACGGCUAUUGUAUUGAUAAGACCAAACGUUGUGAUGGUACGUUUGACUGCGCUGAUAAUUCUGACGAGAAACAAUGUCCAAUAAAUGCAUGUAAAAACUCAACACAGAGCUUCCAGUGUGCAAACUUGGCCUGUAUUGCGAUGAAUCUGGUGUGUAAUGGAGUGAACGACUGCGGUGAUGAAAGUGACGAGUCACCAGAAUGCAACAUUGAUGAGUGUAAGGAAAGACAACCCUGCAGUCAGAUCUGUAAUAAGAAGAUUAUUGGUUUUGAAUGCAGCUGUCAUCCUGGGUAUAAACUAAGGGCAGAUAAGCGGACAUGUGAAGAAAUUGAUGAAUGUAAGACCACAUAUCCGUGUUCACAUUUCUGCUUCAACACUGUCGGCUCAUUUUACUGUGAAUGUGCGGAGCAUUAUAAACUAAAGGGUGACAAGAGACACUGUAGUCUAACAAACGAAGAGGGGCAGCCAUAUUUGCUCGUAUCCAACCGUUACUACAUCAAGAAAGUCGACUUUAAGAGAUCUAUCGAGAUCAUCGUUCACAACCUCACUCAUUCCGUAGCCAUCGACUUCGAUUAUAAAGAACAGAAACUGUACUGGACGGACAUACAUAGUCAGAGUAGUACUAUAAAUAGAAUAUCUCUAAAUCGUUCCAAAGACCGGCCGGAAUCGGAGGAUAUUGAGGUAUUGCACAGUUCAUCUGUUCUAAACCCAGAUGGGAUGGCGGUGGAUUGGAUUGGUCGCAACUUGUACUGGUGCGAUCGUAAUACAGACACUGUAGAGGUAUCCAAAUUGGACGGAAAGUAUCGAAAAAUUCUGAUCAAAGAUAAAUCAUUCUUACGUGAACCUAGAGCUCUGCAGCUGUUCCCGAAGUACGGUUACUUAUUCUUGUCCGACUGGGGUGAUAAACCACACAUUAGCCGUAUAUCGAUGGACGGAAAAACUAAAAAGCACAUUAUUACUGAAGAAAUUGCUUGGCCUAAUGCAUUGACUAUAGAUUAUGUGACUGAGAAACUGUUCUGGGCUGACGCAAAUUACGACUACAUCGCUAUGUCUGAUUUAGACGGCGAGAAUCGUCACGUCGUGAUAAGCGAAAACUUACCUCACACGUUCGCCCUCACAACGUUCAUGGACCAUAUAUAUUGGACGGACUGGGAAACAAAUGGCGUGUUCACGGCUGAGAAAUUUUCUGGAGAGAAGAGGGAUAGGAUGGUUACCAUGUUACACAGACCGAUGGAUCUGGUUGUUUACCAUGCAAUGAGACAACCUGACAUGAAAACAAAUCCAUGCGAGGCAUUGAACUGUAGUCAUCUGUGUCUGUUACGACCAGAAGAUGGACCGGACGGAAGGAGGCGUGAUGCGAGCGCUGUAUGUGCAUGCCCAGAGAAUCACGACUUGAAUCCUGACAAAACGACUUGUAAAGCUGCCUGUGACGCGUCACAGAUGCUGUGUGUGAGUAGUUCCCAGUGUAUACCUCAAUGGUGGAAAUGUGACAAUCACACCGACUGUGAGGACGGGUCCGACGAGCCACCCGAAUGUAAAGAUAAGCCGUAUUACUGUCGACAGCCAGGUUUAUACCAGUGUCUAAGUGCAACAAAUGAGACACAGUGUAUACCUCCUAUAGGGAUCUGUGACGGUGUAGCCCAGUGUGAGGACAGAUCUGACGAGACUCAGUGGAACAACUGCACGGACUAUCCCUGUAUAAUGCACCAGUUCAAGUGUGAAGCUGACCAUAAAUGCAUUAGUGACAUUAGAAAAUGUGAUGGAAAGGAAGAUUGUACUGAUGGGGAAGACGAGAAAGACUGCGCGAAACAAGAAUGUCUGGACACACAGUUCCGGUGCAACACGACGGGUAAUUGUAUACCGUACCUGUGGCAGUGUGACGGUGAUAAUGACUGCGGAGACUGGUUCGACGAGAAAUCCUGCUCGAACCGCACCUGUAAAGAUGAUUAUAUCAAGUGUGAAAAAACAAAGAAAUGCAUACCGAAGGCGUGGGAAUGUGACGGGGAAUACGACUGUGGCAGUGGUGACGAGUCGGACGAGAAUUCUACAGUUUGCUCUGAUAGAACAUGUGAUGCAACAUAUUUCAAGUGUAGUAAUGCUCACUGUAUUCCGGGUAGAUGGCGUUGCGAUGACGACCAAGAUUGUAGCGACGGCUCCGAUGAAAGGGAUUGUGAAAAGAGAAAUUGCACAGUAUUGGAGUUUAAAUGUAAGGAGGGUAACAAAUGUAUUCCACUGUCUUCUGUAUGUGAUGGCAGACAUGAUUGUAAAGAUCAUUCGGAUGAACUAACUGAAGAUUGUCAGUCUUCUAUUAAAUGUUCAGCAACAGAGUUCCAGUGUAAAAGUGGCUCGACGUGUAUUCCUGGGUCGUGGAAAUGUGACGGGGAGGACGACUGCCUUGACGGCUCCGACGAGGAAAACUGCCAUUCCAACUGUAAACAUAGUCAGUUCCGAUGUAACAACGGUAAAUGCGUGUCAUUUCUGUGGAGAUGUGACGGGGAAGAUGACUGCGGGGAUAUGUCGGACGAAAAAGAUUGUAGUACCGUCGCGUGCCCAAUAGGUCGGUUCAGAUGUGGCGAUAGUACUUGUAUACCCCUACAUAAGAAAUGUAAUGGACAGAAUGACUGUAAAGAUGGCUUAGACGAGAGUAUAUGCAAAAUUUCAGAAUGUCCAUAUGGUAUGUACAAGUGUAAGGAUAACAGUACGUGCCUGAACCCACAUGAGCUGUGUGACGGUAACUCGGACUGCGCCGAUGGUGAUGAUGAGGCAGAUGAUGCAGGCGCUAUCUGUGCUAAAGAGAACAUUCAGUCAUGUGGUGCAUUAAAAGGAGGCUGCAGCCAUCAUAUAUGUAAAUAUCUCAGUAAAGUACAUAUGACCAAGUGUUCAUGUAACCCAGGUUACACUAUUGACAAGGAAAACCAACGUAUUUGCAUUGAGGCAGAUCCGUGCUCGGAGUUUGGUUUAUGCUCGCAGAGAUGUAUAUACUGGCAGAAAAAUCAUACAACACAUUGUGAAUGUGACAUCUCGUACAAGAAGAAGAUUGAUGAAAACAACAAUACUGUCUGUUUACCUGAAGGUAACACAGCCGUACUGGUAUUUGCUGAUGAAGAUGAAAUCUAUGAACAGAAAGUAACAGAUAUCUAUGUUGAAAAUUCUACUGGUAGAUUUGUAAACGAAAAUGCAAGCAAGAUUAUUUCUGUAGAUGUUGAUAUUUCCUCACUGCAUCCAGGAGACUGGAAAAUGUUUCUCUUGAAAAGCACCCAGUUACGUAAAUCUAUCAUACUACGAACAUUUAAACAUAUAGACUCAAAGAUGACAAAUGACAAGAAAGAUAGCAAUAAUAGUGGAAGGAGAAAAAGGGAAACAACUGUCGCUUCUAAAGAAGAAACUUUGAUAACUGGCUUAAAUGAUCCACAAGGCAUUGCUGUUGAUUGGAUAGGAAAGAAUUUGUACUGGACGGACGCCUCCACGUUAAAGAUAGAAAUGUGUCACUAUAACGGUACAACAUGUACACGCAGAAAAACCAUCGUAAAAGGAGAUCUUGAUGAACCCUUCGAUAUUGUUGUUGAUCCAAAUUACGGUAAAAUAUUUUGGACAGACCGCGGAUACCCACCAAAGAUUGAGUCAGCCAACCUGGAUGGCUCAGGAAGAGCUACCCUUGUCAAAGACUUCAUCAUUUGGCCAAAUGGUAUCGCAUUAGAUUAUACCAAUGACAGGCUUUAUUGGGCAGAUACAAAAAGUCACACCAUAGAGUCUGUGAGGUUAGACGGGACCGACAAGAAAAUCAUCAGAACUUUUGAUGUGAAAGAUCCACCAUACCAGGUGGAAGUGUUUGGCGAUGAUCUGUACGUAACAACAUUUAAAAAACGAGCAGUGCUUAAAUUCCCGAAGUUUUAUAAUAAGUCGGCUGAUGAAGAGACGGUUACGUUGACCAAGUCCAUCAUGCACAUCGAAGAUAUUGUUAUCAUUCAAGAGAGUAAGCAGAUGGUCAAGGAGCCCGCAUCAGUAACCAAUGCCUGCAGCUUACACCCGUGUCCUUCACCAACACAGCUGUGUAUAAAUAAUCCACAAGGACAUGUGAGUAAAUUUACCUGCGUGUGUGCCGAUGGUGCGAUAUUUAAUCCAACAACCAAGAAAUGCGACUUCAUUGAAUGUCCGCAGAACUACUGUAACGGGAAGGGUAACUGUACGGCCACACAAAAUAACGACUUUAAAUGCAGUUGUGAAAUAGGAUAUGGCGGGAAGAGAUGUGAGGUUGAUGUGUGCUUACACUAUUGCGGAGGAGGCGGUACAUGUUUAGUUCAUUCGGAAAAACCUGCAGUUCCAGUCUGCCGUUGUGCGAUGGGAUAUUACGGGGAGAGAUGCCAACAUUUCCGUUGUAAUGAUUUCUGUUUAAACAGAGGAACGUGCGUUUAUUUCCAAGAAUUUGAUGAGAUAUUGUGCAGCUGUCCGCGGGAGUUUACGGGAAAACAUUGCGAGACUAAAACAGAGGAGUCAUCGUGUCAAGGUUACUGUCUGAAUGGUGGGACGUGCCAGAGUGAUGAUAAAACAGGUUCCCUCACCUGCACGUGUAAAGAGAAUUACACAGGCAAACGUUGCGGGAAAUGUGGUCUACAGGAUUCUACGGUAUUCUGUGAAAAUGGAGGAACAGUCCUAUGUGACAAGAAUAUGGACAAAUCUGCCCCAAGAUGCAAGUGUUUACCUGGAUUCGAUCCCAAAACUAAUUGUGGCAAUCGUUCCUGUGACGGUUAUUGUGAGAAUGGAGGGUCUUGUAUGUUACGGGAUAACGCAUUUUCGUGUAAAUGUCCCGCGGGAUAUCUAGGAGCACGUUGUGAAAAUGUCGCCCAAAACUGUUCCAGUGUAAAUUGCUUAAAUGGAGGAACAUGUAGGCUAGCCAAUCAGAUAAGUGGACAAGGGUCACAAGUGCAUUGUGAGUGUACUCCAAGAUUUACGGGAUCUUUGUGUGAAGUAUACAUUGGCUGCAGUGGCUUCUGUAAAAAUGGAGGCAACUGUACUAUAGGUGUAAAUGGAUUACCAAUAUGUACAUGCCCAGUUCACUAUAGCGGCACACUGUGUGAGAAAUGUGCAUGUGGUAAAAAUGGAAAAUGUAGCACUAGAAUGAAGGGCAAGAUUCAAGAAACAUUUUGCGACUGUACAGAUAAGCAUUAUGAAGGCUUGUUAUGUAACAGAUCUAUUUGUCAUGACUGGUGUUACAAUGACGGAGAGUGUAGAAAUUGUCAAAUUAAAGAACAUGGUAUAGGACAGUGUGAAGAGUGUGUAUGUAAGCCUGACACUAGUGGACCAAGAUGUCAUCUUUACCAUCCGAGAAAACAGGCGGCAAAACCAUCCCAGGCAUCCAUUACACCUGUAAUUAUAGCAGUGGUUGUUGUCAUGUGUAUUCUGGUGGCUAUUCUUCUCUUUAUAGUCAUAAGGAAAAGGAGGAACGGCCAGUUUAGACAUAGUAGAUUAAAAGACCAUCCCAAUAUGCAGGUGUCGAACCCAAUCUAUAUGCCGCAAACCACAGAGGAUCUGGAUGAGGAGGACGACCCCUCUCAUCAACCUUUAGAUCAACCGUUUGAUUUUGACCCUGAAAAAGAUGAUGAACUGAAAGAGACCAAUGAUUUAUCAACAAAUUUUGCCAAUCCAGUCUAUGAACAAUUUUACGCAGACAGUAGACAAACUUUACUUCCAAAAUCAGAGGAUUCAGACGAUGAAACUCCGCCCCCAAAGAAAAAUGGGAGUGUCUAGUAUCAGCUCAAAGUUUGUAUAUAGUGACAAUGUAAAUAAUUUACAGAAACACUUCCGCAGUGUGUUGCUUAUAUGGAUAUAAUCCAAUUACUGGUGAAGACAGUAACAUGUGAAAAUUGUGAAACAUGUGCUUAUUCUAUUUAUAGAAGUACCAGUUUCUAUUUAUAGAAAUUUUAUAAAAUGUUUCUAUUAAUAGGAAAUCUACUGAUUUUUAACCACAUGCAAAAUACAUGUAACUACAAACUGCUAUGAAAAAAGAGUGAAACUUGUGCUUAAUCUAUUUAUAGAAACCAAUUCUAUUUAUAGAAACAAAUAUUCAUGGAUUUUGCAUGGGAGAUAAAUAAAGGAUUUUGUGUUAUAUACACUAUAGUUACUACAGACCAUGGAACAUCCGUAGAUAGAAUGGGGGAAAUGGUUUUGCUGUUCGGAUAACUGAUUAUAGAUGUCUUGUUCAUAAAGGACACUAAUGUUGUAAUUCAUAAAACCAUUCCAAUAAAAAUGUUUACGCUAGAAAAAAUCAUAGAUUUUAAUUUUGAAUUUAUUUAGAUUGUGAAAUUUAUCAUUUAUCGUACAAGUAUUGUAACUAAAGACAUAAUUAUAUAUGUGGGCAUUUUAUUAACUAACAUGUAAGAUUAAUGUUCAUCUCAUCUUGUCAAAGCUGUUUUAUGUUUAUGAAGAAUGUAUACCAAGUUAAAAAAUCAAAUAGGAUUUUAUUGAGAAUUGUUCAAAUAUACUGCAAUCAAAAUUCUUUAAAAAUGAAAUAAUUUUUAAACCACAGAAAAAAAAUAAAUGUCUAACUUUGAAAAUGAUUUGUUAUAUCUUUAUUAAAAAGUGCUGGUAACUGUGUAUUUAUGUAAUAAAUAAAUGAAUUUAUAUACAUGGAAAUUUGACUGCUUGCACACUUUGCCUUUUAUAUUUUCAGUCAGAAAAGGAAUUGUUUUAUUAAAUAAAAUUGCAUGCUUAAAUGUUUCUUUGAAACUGAAAAAGUGAAAAGUUGUUUAUAUUGUUAUAUCUAAGGGUAUUGAAUUUUACUUAUUAAAUGAAAAAUUUUAAACAAUAAAACAUUUUUGUUUCAUAAAGUGUAUUUUUGUAUUUAGAAUAGAAACUGUAAAUCAGCAUUCAUCCAUUUUGAGGCUUCCUAGAUAAUGGUGCUCAACCCUUCAAACCAAAUGGGAGUGUCCUGUUUAUAAUGGGUGUGUCCAAUUAAAAAGGGGAGUGUCCAAUUUAUAAUGGGAGUGUCAAAUUUUAUAUCCAGUCUAAAAUGGGAGUGACUAGUUAAAAUGGGAGUGUCCAAUUUAAUUUGAUUGGAUAAUUUUCAAUUUUUAUUGGGAGUGUCCAAUUUAAUCUGGCAGUUUUCAAAAUAUUAUGAGAAUUUCUUAAUCAAAAUAGGAAAGCAUAUUUCAGAUUGGUUUGAAGGGUUGGAUUUUUUUUGUACACUGUUUUAAAGAUGUUUUUAAAUUGCAGGUUUAAAUUUGUACCAGUUGAUGGUUUUAUUAAAUUUUGGUAAAAAAUGUUCUUUAUGAGCAUUUGCCAACAAUAAGUAGUCCUUGAGUAUUGCGAAUAUCUAGAAAGAUAUGGCCAGUUUUCAUUGUUAUUAUUGACCAGUUUUUAACAAGAAAAUACCAUAGAUAUAGUAGUGUUGUUUUUUUUUCUUGUCAAUAUUUUUUUUAAAGAAAAAUUGUGUUCAUCAAAAUAUCUGAAAGAAAGAUUUUAUAGUUAGACCCCAUAUUAUUCUGAUACAUAAUCAUACAUCUUAAUCACAAAAAAAGUAUCAUUAAUAAGUGUACCAAGGUAUUGAGUUAUUCUUGGUAUUUUUUUAUUUUCUGUUGUAAAAGAAAUACAACUCAGUGGAUCUGAAUAAAAAGUUGAUUCUCACUUAAUAUUGUCAAACAGGUUUGACAUUUCAGUAUAUGACGGUUUAUAUGUACUGUACCACCUAUAUAGAACAAUCUCCUUUUGGAGACAAAAGAUUUUGGAAGAAGUUGCUGAAUACAAGCUAAAUUUAUUGUGAAGCAUUUUGACAAAGAUUUUUUUUGGGGAAAAAAAGGUUAAAUUUAUUGUUGAGAAGUUGUUGGAACUGUUUUUCUAAAAAGGCUAUUGCUUUUCCAGGGGUGUCUUUUUAUUUAAAGAGUCUUCACUGUACAUAUAUAAUUUCAUUGCAGAGAGAGAGAGAGAGGAAUUGUUUUGAAUUAUAGUAAUUGUACAAAAUAAAAUACCUUUUUUUCUUUUUAUUUCUACAUAAAACAUUUUGCUACAAGAUAAUUUUAUCACAAUUGUAUUGUUUGGAAUUAGCUGUACGAUUUAUUAAAAUUUGUAUUGUAUAGAUUUUAUUUUUUGUCACAAAUUUUAUAUGUGUACCACUUGCGUCAUUGUAUUUUUAGCUGAUUUGAUCUGUAUCGUAACUUUGUAUAGGAUUCCAUGUUUGUUUGUCUACAAUAUUUUGUAAGAAUUUUUUUUCUACAUAUUGAGAAUUGAUCUACAAGAGAAUGGAGAUGUAGGGAGGUAUUAAUAUACGUAGUUGGGUGUUAUCAUAAUAUAUUAUUUUAUAAUAAUGAUGUAUGAAAAUCAACCAGUUUAAUUGGUGGGAACUGACAUAAAGUAAGUUUUAAUUUAUAGUAGACUUACUCCGAUAUAAAGAAUUUUUUUUUGGGGAGGGAGGGAGUUCCCAGCUAAUCUGCAGGCACACACUUUUACAGUUACAACUUCGAAAAUAAGCGCAACAGGUUAACUAAUCUAUGAAGACCGGCAGUGCACUGUGAAGGUAUAACGGUAAGAGUUUGUUUGUACCAGAGGGGCUUUGAAAAAAACAAUAUUUGCUGAGUUCCGGAUAACAUCUAUUGAGCCAAGAUGGCCGCUGUUGAGCGACAUUUUGUAUUGUUGACUUUAUUUGAAGCAGUUUGAUACUGAAUUGAAACUUUACAAUCUGUGCUUUGUACUGAAUUUGUUCUGGGUACGGAUUCGAGACUGUGUCUUUUAGCUUACAGCUUCUUUUAAAAUCUAUGUAUUUAGUUUUAUAAAUAACGUCUCAAGGUUUCUUGGGUUUUAGAACCUGUUAGGGAAAAAAAUAGUGUGUUUUUUUUCUUUAUUAUCUUUUAAUUUUAAUAUAAUUUUAAAUUUUCUCCAGAUAUUGAAUGGAAAUAUCCUUUUAACAUGGUCCUACUAUUAAAUGAAAUAGGUUUUUACAGGCAGUAAAGAAAACAGAUUUCACAUUUUUCAGAGGUUUUUUUGCUCCGUGUGAUACCUGUUUUACGGUUGUGUAGAAAAUAUCUUCUCUAAUGUAUGUUACAUCUAUGUUUUAUGUUUUUAUCUCUGCAUUUUUGUUUAAGUGUUUAUUUUAGUUUAUGUUAAGUAUUUUUUGUAGGUUUAUGUUGCCUGUUAUUUAGUUUGUUUGAAGAUUUUAGACAUUUGAUUUAUGUGUUGAUUUUAUGCAGUUUUUUAAAAAGGCGCGAGGUAAUAUCAUACAAAUUUUAAGUUUAUGUGGUAUUUAUGAGCAAAGGGGGGAUAUGUUAAUAUUGUCUUUAUAGAGGAUAUUUUGUCAGACCAAGAAUUCAGUUGCCCUCUACAUGUAAAAAGAAAAACAAUCACUUAAUGCUUGCUUUUAUGACCCAGUUUUAAUGUUUAUAGUUGUGCGAUUUUUGAAACCGGAACACGUCACAGUUUGAUACGGUCAAUUUCAAAAGAUGGUUAAAUUCUGGGAUUUUAAGUGCCAUUUAUCAUGUGUAAAUUUCUUUUCUUUGUUCACCUCACAAUAUUUUACUUUUAAAUAACAAAUAGCAUGAAUCUGGAGGCAUGUUCCUUUAAUUUUUAAGUUAUGAAAUGACAGUAAUUGUUAGGUCAUACAUUAUACAUGGUUAAGAAUUUUAGUAAUAUUUCUUGCAAUUCUAUAAAUUUGAAGGAAAGAAAAGAAAAAAAUUGAUACAAAACUGUGUAGCCUUGGAAAAAAUAUUAAAGUAUUUUUUUGUCCCAGUUGUAAUUGUAAUUGUAGUAAUAAAUAACUUUCAAAAUGAUCCCGGGAAACUGCCAUUUUAUUUGUUUGGCCUUGUGUUGUUUUGUACGAUUUGUUGUGCUUCACUUAAAUAUUCUGUGUAACAAAAAAAAAUUGUAUUUUUGUAAUUUCAUUUAAUGCAACCAUCCAGUUUAUGAAUUUUAUGAAUAAAAGCUGAAGAAAUUCAA